UUGCCCCUACAAAAUUCACUCCAAGGACAGACACACCUGUAAUCCAAGCACUUUGGGAGGCCGAGGCAGGGGGACUGCUUGAGCUCAGGAGUUCGAGACCAGUCUGGGCAACAUGUUGAGACCUCUAUCUAUGCCCCCACAAAAUACAAAUAUUAACUGGGUAUGGUGGCGUGUGCCUGUAGUCCCAGCUACUUGGGAGGCUGAGGUGGGAGAUCACUUGAGACUAAGCAGUCACAGCUAUAAUGAACAAGAUCGUGCCACUGCACUCCACCCUGGGUAACGGAACAAGACCCUGUCUCAAAAAAAAAAAAAAAAAAAAAAAAAAAUCCACUCUCCAUAUGAUAGCCAGAGGAAUCUGCAGCAAACUGAAAUGGGAUCAGAUUGAGUAGCCUUGCCCAAAACUGUCUAGCAUCUUCCCCCUACCCUCAUAAUAAACUCCCAAUCCCCGCAGCUGCUGACUAAGUCUUGGUGGGUCCCUGCCCGUGCCUGGAUCUCCCCUCCCACCUUACAACCCUCCCUAGCGUCCCACUGGCCUUUUUGUUCCUGCAAAAUGCCAAGACCCUGCCACCUUGGGCUUGGUCUCGAAGGCGCUCCCCAGCUGAUUCCUCAUCCUUCAGAUAGGAGGAGGUCUCAAAGAGGCCUUCCAGAUUUACCACACCCUUGCAUGGACCCACCAGUUUAUACGUGAACAUUUAUGAGUGUGAGUCCUUGUUUUUUUUUCCUAUCUUGACCACUGAAUUAUGAACAGAGGAGGUCAGGGAACAGAGCUGUGUUCCCUGCUCUGCCCAGCACCUGGAACAGCGCUUGGAACAGAGCAGUCACUGCACAAAUAACAGCGGAAUGGAUAAAUGAACGCAAGGAGGCAGAGGAAUCGCAGAGGCCGCUCCAACUGGGAGCCCGACCCCUCACCCCAGGUUCUAGGGUCCGCGGCAGCCGGCGGGGGGCGCCGGGGAGCCCAAGGCACGCGCCAGCCCUCUGCGGCCGCGCCCCGCCCUGCGUUGCCAGGCGUCCGUUGCCAUGGCGCCAGGGCGGUGACACCAGCCCAGAACCCUAGCGCGCGCCGCCAUCUGUGCGGUCACGCCCGCCCCGCGUUGAGAAGGCGCUGGGCAGCCAGCCGGUGGGACGCGCCCCUCAGCGGAGGGCACAGAGCCUGGCCGCAGGCACGCAGGACACUCAGAGCGGAGCGAUGGGGGCGUCGCGGGCCGCAACAUGGACUUUGCCUGAGUGUCAGCCCGGGUCCACAGCGCGCCCGCGGCGCACCUUCCGCUGCGCACCUUCCGCCACACACUGCUCUUCUACUGGAGGAAGCGAGAGCGCCGCCACGGACGGCGCAACCACGGUGUGCGCCGCGGAUCGAGGCCCGGGGGUGCCAGCAGGCUCCGGCCCUCCAGCUCCGUCCCUGCCCCUGGCCUCGGGCCCGGCCCCGCCCCGGUCCGCGCCGCUGCCUCUGGCUCCGCCUCCACACGGGCCCGCGCGCCGGCCCCCGCCCCCAACUCCGCCCCAAGCCCCAGCUCGGGCCCGGCCCCCGCGAGCACGGCGCGCGCCUCCGGCUACUGUAGCUGCGCGCUGGCCUGGAAGCUGACCUGGAGGCUCAUCUGGAGGCCGAGCUGGCCCGGCAGGCCUUGCGCGGGCAACAUGGCGGCGCCCGGCGAGCGGGGCAGCUUCCACGGCCGGAAUCUCUUCUUCCUGCCGGGAGGCGCGCGCUCCGAGGUGAUGGACGACCUGGCGACCGACGCGCGGGGCCGCGGCGCGGGGCGGAGAGACGCGGCCACCUCGGCCCCGACGCCAGCCCAGGCGCCGACCUCCGAGUCUCCUGUCGCCGUGGACGCCUCCCGGAGGCGGCCGUGCCGGGCCUGCGUGGACUUCAAGACGUGGAUGCGGACGCAGCAGAAGCGGGACACCAAGUUUAGGGAGGACUGCCCGCCGGAUCGCGAGGAACUGGGCCGCCACAGCUGGGCUGUUCUCCACACCCUGGCCGCCUACUACCCCGACCUGCCCACCCCAGAACAGCAGCAAGACAUGGCCCACUUCAUACAUUUAUUUUCUAAGUUUUACCCCUGUGAGGAGUGUGCUGAAGACCUAAGGAAAAGGCUGUGCAGGAACCAGCCAGACACCCGCACUCGGGCAGGCUUCACGCAGUGGCUGUGCCACCUGCACAAUGAAGUGAACCGCAAGCUGGGCAAGCCUGACUUCGACUGCUCAAAAGUGGAUGAGCGCUGGCGCGACGGCUGGAAGGAUGGCUCCUGUGACUAGAGGGUGGUCAGCCAGAGCCCAUGGGACAGCGAGCCAGGCGCCUAUGGAGUGGCCUGGUUGGAGAGGGGCAGGGCACUCAUUAAAGUGCAUCAGAGCCAGAGCCUGUUGUGUCUCAGUUGGGUGGUCCCCAGGACACUGCCCGUGGGGACCUGCCCUGCCCCUGUUAGGUUUGGAGCAGAAGUGCAGGUGCGCACAGCAGGCACCCACUGGCCUCCUCCUCAGUGGAGGCCCCAAGGAGCUGCAGCUGAACUGCAGGUGAGGGAGGCAGGAGCAGCCUGGGCUGCCCCUUGGCAUUCAGGAUGUGGCUUCCUGCCCACCGCAUACCCUGGUGCCUCGCUCCUCACACAGGAAGACAGCAGGCCUGGCUGGGCGUCCCUGUGCCUGUUCCUGGAGGCCAGGCCUUUGCCUUCCCGCUAUGCAGCCAGGGAUGCCCCUGCCCCCCGUGGCUCUGUGCUGCUCACUUUAGGGGGCUCAGUUCUCCACUCUGCUCAGUCCCUACAGGGAAAGCUCAGGCAGGGUCUUUCUGAGGGUCCACCAGCCAUCCUGCCCUCUCCCUGCCUGGCACAUGCCUGCCAGCGUUGUGCCAUGCCUGUCCACAGGGGAUUCGUGGGGCCCGCUUCCUCAGAGUUUGAAGCCCAAAUGAAACGUUGAAGUGACUGAGGACCUGGCUUCAGUGUGUUUUCUGCUGGGGCUUAUAGCAGUGGGCAGGGCUUGUUCCAUCCCUGUGUGCCCAGCUGCAUUUCCUGCUCGGGUCCUCGUUCCUCAGGAGGAGAGAGAUCCCUACAUGAGAAUGAGCUGGGAACAGCAAGGACGCUGAUUGGUUGGGGCGGGGAGGCCAGAGUAGCUGAUGCAGGGGCCCCAGGAGUACAGGGUGGCCAGACAGCACGAGGUCUCCAAGGCCCCAGCAGAGCCAUGGCUUCUACUCCCAGCUCCCCUGACAGGAAGUUCCUGGUGGGUUUGGAGCCAGGGGAUGGCAUGGAGUGAUGUGGCUUUGAAGGGUCCUCUGGCUGCUGAGCUGGGAUGAGGCAGGGAAGGGUGGAACAGGAAGACUGGUGAGGAAGCCGGGGCAGUCACCAAGUGACCACUGAGAGGAAUACCCACCCCACGGCAGGGGCAGAUGUGGGUACAUUAAGGGGAGAGCCAGAGAACUCAUGGGGUGAGGAUGGAGUCGGAGGAGACUGCUGGGAGCUGCCGUGUGUGUCGCAGAUGGAGAAGGCUGUGAGUGCAGCAAGUUGAGGGGUGACUGGGACCCAGCUUUUGAGCCUCCCCAGCCAGAGCGGCCCACAGUGUCCUGUGGCCAUAAAACUCCAGGGACCUCUAUCCUCCAGGAGUCUCAGCUUUUCCCUGGGCGCAGGCCCACCUUGGCAUGGCCUCCUCAGGCCUGUGUGGAGGAAGCUGACAUGUCCCCACCAGAUUGGCCCUUUGGAGCUGCUGGCUUCUGUAGAGGCUGCCCAGAGGGGCCAGGUGGCACAAAUGAGAGAGGGGAGAUGGGGGGCAGCCAGGAGAGAAGGUGUCCCUUCCUCGCCCAGACAUAGCGCUUCUCUCUGGCCUUUCCCAAGGCCUGUGAGUGUCUCAGGAACCAGCUGGUUCUCUGGUAAGGCUGUGUUCAGCUCAGGAACAUACCGCCUGUAUCUGCUGUCCCUCCUGCCCCCCGCCCCCUCCCCGCCUUGCCUUUUUCCCUGUCUUCCGUAAAGUUUCACUCCUGAAUAAAACUUCACUUUGCCUUAGAA